AUUCAACCCAAUCAAAUCUACCUAGAUCCUCUAAUUAGAUAUCUUUCAUUACUCUCCAGAUUCUGAAGAAUGUAGCCCAGCUGUAUUUUCUUUCUAUUAGCCACUGCAAAUCCAAUUUCCACCAUGUUUCCCUAUAUAUAAUCUUAAUCUUCUUCUCUGAUCACAAAGACAAACCAGCCAUAGCUUGCAAACAACUAGCCAAAGAUAACUUGGCGAAAAUGGUGAGCCUCCCUUGUUCCAUUAUCACCAAUGUUUUGAGUGUCCCUUAUGUCUCAGCAAAUUUGCCGAGUGAUAUUAUCAAUGAUAUUUUUGCUAGACUUCCAGUUAAGUCUCUUGUUCGAUUCAGGUGUGUGUCGAAAUCCAUGUUUGCGUUGCUUCAAAGUAAGAAAUUCAUUAAGAAGCACCUUGAUAGAGCAAUGCAGAUCGACCCAAAUCUCAUCUUGAGGACAGACUUCAAGCUUUUUGCUGUAGAUGACGAACAAUGGAGCAAAGCCCGGAAACUUAAAGUGCCCUUUGGUUUAUGUCUUGAGAAAGUUGAGGUUUCGGGUUCCUGCCAUGGCCUGCUUUGCAUUUCUGAUCAAAGAUGCAAUGAAGAUAUUUAUCUCUUUAACCCUUCUACAGGAGUUUACAGGAAGCUUCCGCCUCCGGAGUUUGAUGUUCCCACCAUUGAAACCACUUGUUUUACUUCAUUGGGAUUCGGUUUCCACGGAGGAGAGAAUGAUUACAAGGUGCUGAGAUCUAUUUUCCUUUAUGAUAAGCCUUUUGAAGACAUUGAUUCUUAUCAAUGUGAAGCUAGGAUUUACUCAUUAACCACUGAUAAAUGGAAGAAAAUCGGAGAUGUUCCAUUCCAUAUCAGCACUCGAGCAGCAGUCUGUAUUGCUGACAGAUAUUUCAUUUGGAAAGCUUCUCGGGGGUUUGGAAGAAGAAUGAGUAUUCUGGUGGUGGCUUUCGACAUGGACAAAGAAGAAUUCAAUGAAGUUGGAAAACCAGAGGUUAGUGAUCCGACGAGCUGUCAGAUUGAAGUCGGGGUGAUGAAUGAGCAAUUUUCCAUUUUUCAUAUGUGGAGAGGUGAGCGCGUUGAGAUUUGGGCAAUGAAGGAGUUUGGCGUGAAGGAGUCAUGGAAGAAGAUGAUUGUGAUCGGACCCCAGAUGAUGAUGGACCCCAAUUACAUGUUUCUGAAGCCUCUGUAUAUGAAGAAGAAUGGUGAAAUUCUGAUGGAGAAGGGCGAGGGGAAGUUGGUUGUGUAUCAACCUCAACAGCAAAUUGUCAAUGACUUCACUGCCAUUCGCAGAGCUCCAAGAUGGUUUUUUCUCUACACUUAUGUAGGCAGCUUGGUUUCUCCCUUCACUGACGGGCCUGAAACUGCUUGAAAAAGAAUUGAAAGAAAAGAUUAUGCAGCCAUUAAUAGAUAUUAUAUAGAUGUAGAGUGAUACUAUGUUAGAAUUUGUGUUUGUCUAGCAUAGCCAAAUUAAUAAUGCUUCCUUUUCUGUAACUGUUAAUCACAUAAACAAAUUAGCAACAUAAUCACCAACACUCCUCCAAGGGGGUGUUUUGGUUUUGAUUA